AUUUGUGCGAGGUCUGGACACGUCAACAAACAAAGAUGGCGGCGGCGUCUGUGGGAGAGUGUGGGAUCAGGCGGAGCUGAUAAUAAUGAGAUUAUGGAAUUGCAGAACAUCAGACCUUCAGUUCUUCCUGAAAUGAAACCAGUACAGCACCAAGAAGACUCAAGUGAUGGAGAACAGGAUGAUAUGGACAGUGUAUUAGUUGUUAUUAAAACAGAACCAGAUCAUCCAGAACGAAUCAGUUUUGACGCUGAAGACCACAGUGACCCACUGCUGCUGUCGGGGAACGCCUCCAGUCCGACCCCCUUCAUUCCUACAGGGAGCUGGGAAUGUGAAUCUGAAGGGGAAGACCAACACACAUAUCGAGAGGAUGAAGAUGAAAAUGAAGAAGAGGCUGAGGAUGUACGAAAUUCAUUGGUUGUUAUUAAAGUAGAACCAGAGGAACAAGAACUCCAGAGUUCCAUUGGUGACUACGACCUCCAUCAUGCUGAGACUGGGCCAGACAUUGACCUGCAGGGAAUGCCUUACUAUUCUUACUGUGAGGAGGAUCCAGAGCACGAGAACAACAGAACAUCUGCAAUACAAAAUACUUCAGGUGAGCGCAGCCAACCGACCGAAGGACAACACAAAGGACUGAAGUCUUUUUGCUGUUCUUAUUGCGGAAAGAUCUUCUCCAAAUCGUCUGCCUUCUACAGACACAUGAGAAUACACUCCGGCGAGAGGCCUUUCCAGUGCACUCUGUGCAACAAGACCUUCACCCAGUCCACUUCCUUCAAAAUCCACCAGAGAAUACAUACCGGAGAACGGCCUUACCAAUGCUCCGAGUGCGGCAAGACCUUCAAACGCCUGGACAACCUUCGAAUUCACCAGAGGACUCAUACCGGAGAGAAACCGUACAAGUGCUCUCACUGCCCAAAGACCUUCACGCGGUCGCAUAUCCUUCAGAAUCACGAGAGAAUUCAUACCGGAGAGAAACCGUAUCAGUGUUCCUUCUGCUCUAAGAACUUCACACGGUUGUGUAUCUUUCAGAUACAUCUGAGGACUCAUACCGGAGAGAGGCCUUACCAGUGCACGGCCUGCGGUAAGAAGUUCGUAGACCUUUCGAAUCUGAAGAACCACGAGAGGAUCCACACCCAGGAACGUCCGUAUCAGUGUUCCCUGUGCGAUAAGAACUUCAUACAGUUAUCGGGACUCACCGGCCACAUGAGGAAACACACCGGAGAGAAGCCUUACCAGUGCACCAUCUGCGGGAACAGAUACAGCGCAUCGUCCACGCUUCACGACCACAGGAGGAAAAAGCACAUGCCCUCGUCUACGACUUCAACCGUACUGCUGUCAGAACCUACAGUUCUACAGCAGCUCGAGACACAUGAUGAAGUGGUCUCCAUGAGGUAUAAUGACUUAAAUAUGAUCCCUAUCCCACUUGAAACUGGAACAGGUAUUGACUCUUCGACAGGUACCUCAGAUGUCCAGGUGUUCUUGGAUUGCUGAAGCUAUGUUCACAUUGGUUUCCCAAAAGAAUCUUAGCAUUAAGAAGCACAUGUUAACAUGGUUAAUGUGGUUAAGUAGUCAAUGUGAAGCUCGCCCGACCCUCUUAGGGUCUCCGCAUACUUCCAGCGAAACGAAGUUUGUGAGGUUUGCACAAAGUCGAGCAGGCUUUCGCAAGCUUUCAAGCUGGCAUACUGUCUCGUAAACUCCACAACUGCAACGACCAAUCACAGGCGUUGUUGCGUAGUGUCUUCGGCCGUGCAGUUCGCCCCGCUUCCAUUGUUCGCUGAAGCCACGCGAAUGUCAUCUCUAAAUGAAGUAUGCCGAGGCCUUUAGAAACAUCUUAGUGCUAAGAAUCUUUCGGGAAACCCACUCCAGAUCUGUUGAGAUGACUGUUUGCUUUAUAUUUGCCAAUAAUCUGAUUGGAUUUGCAUGUCUGGACAGCACAAACGAGUCUACAUGGGUUGCAGUGUCAUGGAGUUCGUAGUCAGUAAAUAACCAUUAGCGGUUUUCUUGGAAUUUCUGCACUUUCCUCACUCUGGAGUUGAGUUACGUUGAGUUUGUUUUAUGUAGCAUUGCGAGUGACUCAAUUGUUACAUUGAACCUACCAAUACCAAUAUGUAAGAGUCCAUUUGUAACCAAAUGUGGUUUGGAUCCAUUUUGCAUACAUUUCUUCAUUGGAUUUGAUAUAGAUUCUGAGUGUUUAGACUGUCAAAAUCAUUCUGGAUGCAAACUAGACACGCCAGAAAUCAUAUUGGAGUGGAUAGGCCUCUUACAAUAAUAUUUUGUGGACGAUAUAUCAUCCUGAUGAUAUCAAACAAUAUUAUUCUCAUAUUAAACACAGUUCAUUUUCAGAUUUUCAGUGAGACUGAAAGAACGACAAACAGACAUUUGACCAAACGCCAUUCCUCCAGUGGAAUUAAGAUGUUUUCUUUGUUUAAGGUUGCAACCAUACAAUGAAAUUGCAAUUUUUUUCAGAGAAGAAGGAAUAUCGCAUCCUUAAAAAAGCAGUCUAUUCACAUUUGAAACUGUCUAUUUAUUUCGUAUUGUUUUGUGUUGAAAGACCAUUUAAAUGCCACUGACACUAAUAACUAAUAUUAUUAUAUCAUAACAGAAAUUAUACAAUUUUUUUAAGACAACGAAAUUGGAAAAUUAUUCAUAGAUUUGAAAAUAUAAACUUUGCACUUUGUGUAUGGAGUCACAGUUAUUGAAGCACUUAUUGGUCAUUUAGCAUGACCGGCUAAAAUACUGUUCACUGUUGUAUAUACAGCUCUGUAAAAAAUGAAGAGAGCACUUCAGUUUCUGAAUCAGUUUCUCUGAUUUUGCUAUUUAUAGGUUUAUGUUUGAGUAAAAUGAACAUUGUAGUUUUAUUCUAUAAACUACAGACAACAUUUCUCCCAAAUUCCAAAUAAAAAUAUUCUCAUUUAGAGCAUUUAUUUACAGAAAAUGAGAAAUGACUGAAAUAACAAAAAAGAUGCAGAGCUUUCAGAACUCAAAUAAUGCAAAGAAAACAAGUUCAUAUUCAUAAAGUUUUAAGAGUUCAGAAAUCAAUAUUUGGUGGAAUAACCCUGGUGGUUUUUAAUCACAGUUUUCAUGCAUCUUGGCAUCAUGUUCUCCUCCACCAGUCUUACACACUGCUUUUGGAUAACUUUAUGCUGCUUUACUCCUGGUGCAGAAAUUCAAGCAGUUCAGUUUGGUGGUUUGAUGGUUUGUGAUCAUCCAUCUUCCUCUUGAUUAUAUUCCAGAGGUUUUCAAUUUGGUAAAAUCAAAGAAGCUCAUUUUUAAGUGCUCUCUUAAUUUUUUCAGAGCUGUAUGUGAACGAAUAUAUGAUAAUAUAUGAUAAUGUAUUAAUGUGACAGGCCUAGGAGUGAACAAGUUUUUGAACAAGUCAAGCUACAAUGUUGCAUCAAAGACGAUCAAAUGCAAAGACGAAUUUCCUCGUUUGAGGUUGUUGAGGAUGCCACCAUCCAAUACAAUUGAGGUUUCUGAACCUCAAAGAAAAAUGAAGGAACUUCUCUAUUUAAUCUUAUUUAUUAGGAGUCUAAUCAGUUUCUAAUCAGUUUUGUAAAGGCCUGUUUUUUUUUUUUUGUCUUCUUAUUUUUGUCUUUAUUUACGAUGCAAGCUGGCCGCCUGCCGUUCAGUCUUGCACCAAUCACUAUUGGUACCAUUUUUUUCACUUACAACUCACAAGUUUAGCAUAGCCAGUCCACCGCCUGCUUGUUUUUGAGGGAAAUUGAAGGAAAUCCGCUUAUAUUUGACCCAAUUCUGGGUCUAAUGAGCUAAAAAUGUUCAAAGUCUGCAAGUUCAGACUUUUUAAUAAAUACAAAUAUUUACAUUAAUAGAUUUCUUGCUUGUAGUGUUAUUACUAUUAUUGUUGUUUUUUGUUAUUAUUUAUUUAUUUUGUUUGUUUUAGUUCUCUUAGUUCUCUUUCAUUUUUGAUGAAAAACCCAACAAUGGCCAUAAUUCAUCCAACCAACAAGCCUUUUCUAAUUUUUCUGAUAUUCAUACUAUUUCAGUAUUUUAGCUUCUUAAAUUCCUAAUUGCAUAGAUAAACUAGCAGUAAAAUGGAUUGAUCACAGAACCCUCAAUGUAUAAAUAACUGUAUAAAGCAUCAACACUUUUUGAUUAAUUCAUGUCCAUUCAGUAAAAUUGAAGCAAAAAUUGUCUGUCAUGUUGUUGCCAAAUCAUUUAGUAAUUCAGAUGUAUUGGAGCCGUUCUGUUCAAUAAGUCUUUCUGUUCAAGUGAUUGAACUAUAAUUAAAUGCUAAUUUAAGUUUUGACCAAACUGAGAAAGUGAUGAGAAAGCAGUGUAAUAUAUAUUUUUUAAUAUGUUAAAGUAUAAUUAAUACAUAAUAAUUCACACUACAUACUGUUAAACAGUAAUCACACAGAGAACAAACCUAAUGAUGUUUAACCCUCCUGAUAAACUGACACUUUUUAGAAUUAAGAAAUAUGCAAAUUUGCAACAUACUAUACUAUACUACCUUUUGUCGUUGUGCCAUAUUAUUAUAAUGAAUAUGGAAGUGAAAAUUAAGUAAUUUAAUAUGUUCGCAAGAAAUGAUUUAUUGGGAAUAUUUAGCGUAGAAACUCCAAAUUCUAAAUGUCUUUUUUUUUUUUUUUUACAAAAUUGAAACAAAAUGUCAUUGACUAAAAACUCUUCUUUUUGAUGCUAAAACAUGCCUCCCAAGGAUAAUUCUGCUGUUUCUUAUUUUUAAUUAUAUCAAGGAUGGUUAAUAAUAAUAAUACAAAUAUGCAAAUAAUAAUUUGUAUAAAAGAAAUUGAGAAUGUUUUGGCCAUUAAAUCUUUGCCAUUUUUAUUAUUUCUUAACUGAGAUCAAUACCAAUCAUAUUUCAUAUUUUUACUUGUUUUAUUUAUACAGUUAAGUGUAAUUAUUGUUUUUCGUAUAUUUGUAUGUUUAUGCUGUAUAUGUUUUUGUGUAUUUCUUUUAAAAAUAUUUAACUUAAUUUAAAAAUAUAUAUAUUAUCAGUUAUUAAUUAUUAUUCAUUAUCAAAAUGUUUGGACCAGAAAUCAUAUUUGUGAUUUUUUUUUAUGUUCAUCUUUCAUAUCAUAAUAGCAUAAUUUCCCAGAAUUAAAGAUCACUCUGUAUGUAUGCCUUGUUUUUAAAUGUUCUACAUUGUGUACAAAAAAUACUGGAGAUCAAAUGUAAUGCAUAACCAACAAUGUACAUUUAAUUUUUUUAUAUAAAUAUUUUGUGCAAAUUCAUUUGACGUCAAAAUAAUAACAUGAUUACAUGUUCUAGAGUGUUCAACAAAGUGCAUUAAUAAAGUUUCAUACAAAAAAAUAUUAUAGUUAUGUUGACAUCUGAUACAAAUAGUAUUUUUUAGAUAUUUGGAGAAGCAAUAUGCUUUUUCCAUUAAUAAAGUGAAUAUUGUCAAUAUUUCAAAGGUACCUUCCCCAAACAUGUCUUUGGUGACCAAAAACUUGGCCUUGGAGUGUGAAUCGAUGUUUCUGAUUGGUUCGGAGAGUGCAUCUAUAGAAAGUCUGUUAAUAGAUUUUUUUCAGUGGUUGAUGUUAUUUUUUUAUUUUCCUGUUCAUGAAGAUUGUUUCCAGAUCUUGCAAUUCAAUUUUAUAUUCAAUUUUCUAUUUUUUAAUUUUGCUUUGAUACUUACAGAAAAAUAAACUUCUAAACGUUACACUGA